GAUCUUCUAUCUCGGCAUUUUUUUGUUUUACUAUUGUUUUGUUUGUGUUCAUGGAAGUGAAGAGAUCGGGCUUUUCUUCGUUUUAAAAAUUCUUACUAUAUGUAUUAACAAUGCAAAAAAAUUUAUUAAACCAUUAAACGGCUCUACCUUGCAAAUUAUGCAUGUCGGUCUGCGAUCUGCGACCCCAUUUCUAAAAAUGUUUUUUCAGCCAGAUAUGGUCGCGUGAAUUACGUGCUGGCAAAGAGAUUGGAGCUAUUGAAGGAUGUGCAGAUGCUGCAAGAGAGCUUGAAUGUUCCUGGUGACGUAGCGUACACUUGUGAGACUGCUGGGUAUUUCUUUUUGUACCACGUCCUGGCUCGUUGGGAGGAGUUUCUCAGCAAAGUCAAGCACACUGACGGAAAAGUUGUUGCUGUUGGCGCAAUCAAGGACGAGUUUCCUUUCACCAGGUUUUUCAACGACGUUCCAAAUUUAUUCAAGGGAGAGUCGUACGAAGAGGACAUGGACAUAGCUGAGGGCUGCUUCAGAUACAUUGAGAAGAUCUUUACUCAACUCGACGAGUUCCGGGCAUUUGAGUUGCUGAGAAGUGGAUUAGACCGUUCAAAAUAUUUGCUCGUCAAGGAGGCAAAAAUUAUUGCCAUGACUUGUACUCAUGCUGCCCUCAAACGAAAAGAGCUUGUGGAUUUAGGCUUCAAGUAUGAUAACAUUUUGAUGGAGGAGUCUGCUCAAAUCUUGGAAAUCGAGACUUUCAUUCCGCUGCUUCUGCAGAAUCCAGCUGAUGGCUUUAGCCGUCUGAAACGUUGGAUCAUGAUCGGUGAUCACCAUCAGCUGCCCCCUGUCAUCAAGAACAUGGCGUUCCAGAAGUAUUCAAACAUGGAGCAGUCUCUGUUUACCAGAAUAGUCCGACUUGGAGUGCCCACAGUUGACUUGGAUGGCCAGGGUCGCUCAAGACCGAGCAUUUGUAAUUUGUACAACUGGAGGUACAAAAAACUUGGAAACCUUCCUCAUGUCCUGAACUCUAAAGAGUAUAAAUUGGCAAACCCUGGCUUCUAUUACGUCUUCCUACUCAUCAACGUUGACGACUUCAAUGGUGUUGGAGAAUCAGAACCAAGCCCAUAUUUCUACCAGAAUUUGGCUGAGGCUGAAUACGUCGUGGCCACAUACAUGUACAUGCGCCUGAUUGGAUACCCAGCUGAAAAAAUCUCCAUCCUAACCACCUACAAUGGACAAAAGCACUUGAUUCGAGAUGUUAUCAAUCAACGAUGUGCUGAUAAUCCAUUGAUUGGACGUCCUUACAAGGUGACAACAGUGGACAAGUAUCAGGGACAACAGAACAACUUCAUUUUACUCUCCUUGGUUCGGACAAAGGCUGUGGGCCACUUGAGGGACGUCCGCCGUCUGGUCGUCGCCAUGUCCAGAGCUCGGCUUGGCCUCUACGUCUUUGCACGCGUUUCUCUGUUCAGGAAUUGCUUCGAACUUGCACCGGCGUUCAAACAACUGAUGGCCAGGCCACAGCAGUUGUAUCUCGCUCCUCAAGAGACCUACAAAACAGAGCGUCCGGCUGACCAGCAACCAGAAGGAUCGGCGCAGCUUGCAGAGGACAUGCCUCAAAUGGCUGCAUUCGUCUACGACUUCUACAUCCACAAAGUGCAGCAACUUAAGUCAGCCAUGGAGGAGGCCCAGAAAGAGUGGCAGAAACCAGGCACUGUCGUGGGUCACACGCCUGACCACUUUGUGCCGGCACACCCUGGAGGGGAGUCUGAUAGUGAGGAGGAAGUUGCGGAGGAGGAAAGCGAGGCUGAAAGUCGGAAAAGAAAGCUUGAAGCUGACCUGUUGCCUGCCAAGAAAGUGGCAAAAAAAGAUGAUGAUGAUGUUGAUACGGAUGACGAGAUGGCAGCAACCGAAGACAAGCCCGUCAAAGAAGAUUCAGACUAAGAAUUUCUGGAAGUAACCACUCCUAUUUAAAAUU